AUGAUGUUUCUGCAUUCUUUGUGGUUCAUCCUGUUUGCAGCUUUGUUGGGUGGAUAUGCAUUUGUCUUUGGAUUUCUUUGGAGAGUGAAUGAAUGGUACUAUGUUUCAAGGGUGGGAAGAAACAUGCAACACCCUCUUCCACCCGGUCAUCUGGGUUGGCCUUUCUUGGGAAACAUGCUCACCUUCUUCAAAGCUUUCAAAUCUGAUCCUGAUUUUUUUAUCUAUGAUCUUGUUUUCAGAUAUGGCAGGACUGGUAUGUACAGAACAUUCUUAUUUGGAAGCCCUAGCAUCAUCGUAUGCACCCCAGAGACAUGUCGUAGGGUUCUCACAGAUGAUGAACAACUGAAGCUUGGAUACCCUGCUUCCACCACCUCCCUCUUUGGAAAGAGAUCGUUCCAUGGCAUCUCAAAUGAGGAACACAAGCGUCUUCGUCGCUUAACCACCUCUCCCAUAACUGGCCACGAGGCAUUGUCCAUGUACGUAGGUCUCAUAGAAGAUGCUUCUGUCAAACUGCUGGAAGAGUUGUCUAGCAUGAGCACUCCUUCUGAGUUCCUCACAGAGUUGAGAAAGUUCGCUUUUAAGAUCAUCACCACCAUUUUCAUGGGCUCUGAUGUUCACCAUGUGGAUCUUGGCUUGGUCGAAAACUUGUACAGAGAUUUCAGUCGCGGAAUUAAGUCACUGCCUAUCAAUCUCCCAGGCUUUGCAUUCUAUAAAGCAGUCAAGGCACGAAAGAAGUUGACGAAGUUGCUGCAAGGUGUGGUGGAGCUAAAGAGAAGGAGCAACAGUAGAAAAAGAAAGACGAAAAGGGAUAUGAUGGAUUCAUUGAUGGAAGUGAAAGAUGAAGAGGGUAAGCAGCUGGAGGACGAAGACAUUAUAGACUUACUUCUGGUGUUCUUGUUAGCUGGCCACGAAAGUUCUGCUCAUGGAAUAUUGUGGACUAUCAUCUACCUCACACAACACUCACAUUUCUUCCAAAGGGCUAAGAAAGAACAAGAAGAGAUCAUGCAAGCAAGACCCUCCACUCAGAAAGGACUGAACAUAAAGGAAAUUAAGCAAAUGGAAUAUCUUUCAAAGGUUAUUCAUGAGAUGCUGCGCAAAACAUCUAUCUCGUUUGCGAACUUUAGACAGGCAAAGGUUGACCUCAGCAUCAAUGGUUUUACUAUACCAAAAGGAUGGAAAGUUCUGGUUUGGAACCGAGGGGUGCAUAUGGACCCUGAAACUUACAACAAUCCAAAGGAAUUCAAUCCUUCCAGAUGGGAAAAUAACACAGCAAGAGCAGGUUCUUUUAUUCCAUUUGGAUUAGGAAGCAGAUUUUGUCCUGGGAGCGACCUGGCCAAACUUGAGAUCACCAUUUUCCUCCAUCAUUUUCUUCUUAACUACAGGAUGGAGAGAGUUAACCCAGAUUGUCGAAUCACUUAUCUACCAUUGCAAAGGCCCUUAGAUAACUGCUCUGCAAGAAUUAUAAAACUCACAUAAAUCAUUAGAUACAUAUACU